CAACGACGCCUGCGCAGUGUGACCGGGAUGGCGCAUUUUCAUGCACCGAGUGAUGCGGGGUCGCUGGCGGCUGAGGAGGGCGGAGAGUUCUGUGGUGAAGUAGGGGGAGGGAUCCAUGUAGGCGUCAGGCGGAGCGUUGCUCUGAACUAUAAAGUGGGAAGUUGAUGCUGGGCACUACUACGCCCGGGCCGGCGGCGCGAAAGUUGUGAUCUCACCGUUGAACCCCUUAAGAAUUGGAACAAAGGUGGUUAGCUCUGACUUCUGGGCAAGAGUAUACUUGCCUCCAUAUGAAGACAAAAGAGUUCUUGAAAGAUCAGCUUUGAAGUUUAAAAACAAUGGAGAAAACUCAAGAAACAGUCCAAAGAAUUCUUCUAGAACCCUAUAAGUAUUUACUUCAGUUACCAGGUAAACAAGUGAGAACCAAACUUUCACAGGCAUUUAAUCAUUGGCUAAAAGUUCCAGAAGACAAACUACAGAUUAUCAUUGAAGUGACAGAAAUGUUGCAUAAUGCCAGUUUGCUCAUCGAUGAUAUCGAAGACAACUCAAAACUCCGACGUGGCUUUCCAGUGGCACACAGCAUCUAUGGAAUUCCAUCUGUCAUCAAUUCUGCCAAUUAUGUGUAUUUCCUUGGCCUUGAGAAAGUCUUAACCCUUAAUCACCCAGAUGCAGUGAAGCUUUUCACCCACCAGCUUUUGGAACUCCAUCAGGGACAAGGUCUAGAUAUUUAUUGGAGGGAUAAUUACACUUGUCCCACUGAAGAAGAAUAUAAAGCAAUGGUGCUGCAGAAGACAGGUGGACUCUUCGGAUUAGCAGUAGGUCUCAUGCAGUUGUUCUCUGACUACAAAGAAGAUCUAAAGCCACUGCUUAAUACACUGGGGCUCUUUUUCCAAAUUAGGGAUGAUUAUGCUAAUCUACACUCCAAAGAAUAUAGUGAAAACAAAAGCUUUUGUGAAGAUCUAACAGAGGGAAAGUUCUCCUUCCCUACUAUUCAUGCUAUUUGGUCGAGGCCUGAAAGCACGCAAGUGCAGAAUAUCUUGCGUCAGAGAACCGAGAAUGUAGAUAUUAAAAAAUACUGUGUACAUUAUCUUGAGGAUGUAGGUUCUUUUGAAUACACUCGGAGUACUCUUAAAGAGCUUGAAUCUAAAGCCUAUAAACAAAUCGAUGCACGUGGUGGGAACCCUGAGCUUGUAGCCCUAAUUAAGCACUUAAGCAAAAUGUUCAAAGAAGAGAAUGAAUAAUAUUAAGCCAUUUCCAGUUAGACCUGGUAGCUUAUUGCAGUUGACUAUUUUUUUGUCUUUUAGCCUAUCACUUUUUAAAAAAUUUGGACCGAGCUGUCACUCUCCACAAACCGAAUGAAUGAGGGUGAUGUAAAUGAGGUGGUUUUGAUUUAGAACCCCUUUGUAUAGAUAAUCAUCAUAGUACAAAGUUGAAAGAAUCAAAACGGGCCACAUUUAAGUAGGUCUGAUUUGAAUGUCAGAAUGUGCUAUGUCUGGACCUUAUGGACAACUGCCACAAAUGUUCUGUUGAUUCUGUCAAUAAAGAAGACUUCAGCUUCCAGGAA